AUGACCGGAUCCAGCAACGUGCCCAUCUCGGGCCUCGAAGAGCUUCAAUCCCACGUCGAGCAGCUCGUCGACGAUCCCUCGGCCGCCUUCGACGCCAAGCUGUUUGACGAUGUCGAGCUCCAACUCAACGAAACCAACAUCCCUCCCCUCCUCCCGACUCUCCUCCCACCCCUCACAGCCAUCCUCAAGCAAACAACCCAAGAUCCCUCGCCGCUGCUCUCCCUCGCCACAAAGCUCCUCUCUCCGCUCUCCUUCACUCGCUGUCUCACCAUCGCCGAUCCUAAUGCUCUGGUCGCCGCCCUUACCUCUCCGGUUCCCGGCGCGAUCCUCCUCGCUCUCGUCAUCGUCCACAAGGCCGCCCGCACCCCCGCCGAUGCCGCUCUGCUGAGCACCCUGCCCGAGGUCGUCGAGGAGGUGCUGCGCAGGUGGCUCGAUAGCUCGGAUGUCGGCGUGGCAGAGCGUGCCGGAAAGGUGCUGGGCGAUCUGCUCGAGACGGACUGCGAUGUCGCUAUUGACGGUGUGAAUGGCCUCUCCAACGGCGACGGCACACACGGCACCGACCUGGUUAAGCGCCGUGUACCCGGCCACGCUCGGCUUUGGCGUCUCAUCCUCCUCGACCGCUCGUUCCUUUCCAUCAUCGUCUCCCUCUGCGCCUUGGAAAAAACGGACCGCCAAACCACGCUCGCCCAAGGCCGUCUCCUGCGCCUAGUCCCUCGCCUCGUCUCCCUCAACCCGCGCGCCCUCACCCAGACGCCCUUCCCUGACCUCCUCCCCGUGCCGGCACCCCUCGCUGAGAAAGUUGGCCAUGGUCUACUGCAGUGGGCAGCGCUGAACAUGGUGGACACGUCAGAUAUACUCAUGCACCUAAGCCUUAUUGACUUCUACGAAACCUUUGUCAGCGUGAUGCGGGUGGCCGGGCAGUCGGCGGACAAGGACAAGGCCGUGCGAGACCUGGUGAGGACUGCUGCCCAAAACGAUGAGCAACUGAAGGCCGCCUUGAGAGGCCUUCCCGAUCGGACAGUUGAGGAGGAAUCGGAGCCGUUGGCAAGAUACAUCAGCCAGAUCCUCGACUAA